AUGGGUACUCGGGCAACUUAUCAUGAUCCUAAUUGCGACUACAUCAACUUUUCCGGAAACCCAUCAAACGGAGAAUUUGGGGUGAUUCCUCUAUCUGAUAGACUUUUGGAAGAGUACAGUAUGACCAGACCCGCUGAUUAUAUCCAUGUCAAUAUACCAAUUACAUUUGAUUACAUAUCCCAAUUAUGUAUACCUACCGCUCAUGCCUCCAAGUCUCCCUUAUCCUCUUAUCAAUUUAUAUCAAAAUGCCAAGGAACAUCUAGGCCUAUCCUUCCGUUACACACCGACGAAGAAAAAACCUACUGUAUACAAAUAAUAGAAAAUAACCCGGCAUUUACACAAACCAACAACCCGGAUAUAAAAGCUAUAACAAGAAUGUGGAAUAAAGAUUGUCAUGAUAAUGAAAUGCUUAAAGUUUACUUCAAGACAUGCUCCCAUAUAAAGUCGUACCACAAUAUCCGUAAAGACUUUUUGAAAUUCAAGACAACAGAGACCAUCAAUUCCCAAACAAUCAUGAAAGUAGUAAAGGUUGCCGCAUCCGAAACAUUUAUUACUCCAAAAAUAAUUGGUAACAUGCAAGAACAGGUACCAACAACUGUCAAUACCAUUGCUUCUAUAUCCAACCUAAUCAAUUAUUCCGGCAAUCAUGUACACAACAUAUACCACAGAAAUAUACCUCCUCAAAAUCAGCCAAACCGGCCAAUUUCACCUGUUCCUAUAUUGAGUAAGCGUCGAAAACUUGACACAAUAGUAACAAAGCGUGUAAGUCGGUGUGGAUGUUGCAGCCGUACUGAAUGCAAAGGGAAAGGCGGUAUAAAACACUCUCCAAGAAAGCAGCACUUGGAUAGGAAGUCAGCCUUACAAAAAUUGCAAGAAGAUAAUGGAAGCUCACCACAAGAAAUUGUAGACUUAAAAACAUUGAUCUCAUCCACUCAAGAAAAUCUAUUGAAAGAUAAUAUACUUCUCCAAACAGAUCUUAUUUCAUAG